ACAGUGAGUUGGGACAUCAAUUUCUGUGAAAAUGCAUAUCUGGAUAUUGAAAUUAAUCCUUUUGGUUGCUACAUCUCUAAGCUUUGUAGAGAUGUAUGACAAUUAUGGGGAGAUUUGUUUAAAUUUAUGUACCUGUGAGGAGAAGGAUGCAAUCCUAACUGUGAGCUGUGAGAACAGAGGCAUUGUUAGACUAUCAGAAAUUAGCCCUGUACAUUUUUCAUCCUAUCAUCUUUUGCUGACUGGAAAUCUCUUGAAAAAACUCUCUGUAAAUGAUUUCGUCAAUUACACAGGGGUCACAAUUUUGCAUUUAGGCAACAAUGACAUCUCAGAAAUUGAAACGGGGGCUUUUAACGGACUUCAAGGAUUAAAGAGACUGCACCUCAACAAUAAUAAAAUAGAUGCCCUAAGGGAUGAUACGUUUGCUGGCCUUGAAAGUUUGGAAUACCUACAGAUUGAUUAUAAUUAUAUUACUAGCAUAGAACCUAAUGCCUUUGGCAAACUCCAUCAUUUGGAGGUAUUGAUUUUGAAUGACAACCUGUUGUCUGCUCUGCCUACCAACAUUUUCCGAUACGUCCCCUUAACUCACCUUGACUUGAGGGGAAACCGUUUGAAAAUGUUCCCUUACAUUGGUCUUUUGGAGCACAUGGACAAAGUUGUGGAAUUACAGCUGGAGGAAAAUCCGUGGAAUUGUUCUUGUGAGCUCAUUGCCCUGAAGGCUUGGCUGGAGAGCAUCUCCUACACAGCUUUAGUGGGGGAGGUGGUGUGUGAAACACCUUUUCGACUGCACGGGAGAGAUCUGGAUGAGGUUUCUAAACAGGAGCUGUGUCCUAGAAGAGCUAUUUCCGAGUACGAAAUGCGGCCACAGCCACCCCUGAGCACGGUCAGCUAUUUCCAAACAACACCGGUGUCUGUGACAGUGUCCGCGACCUCAUCUGCGGUUUUACGGUCCUCAUCAAGGCCGACAAAGGGCACCCGCCAAUCAAACAGAUCAAAGUCCAAACCCACCUCACGCAUUCCCUCGAAUAAUCCGUACAACUAUGGUCCAAUAAUUGCAUAUCAGACUAAAUCUCCUGUGCCUUUGGACUGCCCCACUGCCUGCACUUGCAAUUUACAAAUAUCUGACCUUGGACUGAAUGUUAACUGCCAGGAGAGAAAGAUUGAGAACAUCUCUGAUUUAAAGCCAAAACCUUACAAUCCAAAAAAGAUGUACCUCACAGGGAAUUACAUACCUGUGGUACGAAGGUCUGAUUUCAUUGAGGCCACUGGAUUGGAUUUGCUUCACCUUGGCAACAAUCGCAUUUCUGUCAUACAAGACCGAGCCUUUGGGGAUUUAACAAACUUACGAAGACUGUACUUGAAUGGCAAUUUAAUUGACCGCCUCACAGUAGAUAUGUUUUAUGGGCUUCAAAGCCUGCAGUACUUGUAUUUAGAAUACAAUGUGAUCAGAGAAAUUGUGUCGGGCACCUUUCACUACGUGCCCAAUCUUCAGCUGCUUUUUCUCAACAACAACCUUCUCAAAACAUUACCUGGGGGUGUAUUUGCAGGCUUGAGUCUAGCCAGGCUUAAUCUCCGCAGUAACCACUUCCAGAAUCUUCCUGUGAGCGGUGUCUUGGAUCAGCUGAAGUCACUGGUGCAGAUAGAUCUCUACGAGAACCCAUGGGAUUGCUCGUGUGACGCAGUGGGGAUGAAGAUCUGGCUGGAGCAGCUCAACACUGGCACCGUGGUGAACGAUGUCAUAUGCGGUUCUCCACAGAGGCUGGCAGGGGAGGAUAUCCGAUCCGUUAAAUCCGAUCUCCUCUGUCCGGAUUAUUCAGAUGUAAUCAUUUCUACGUUUUCUCCAUCUGAAGGACCCUCCCCUGGCAGUUCCACUACCAUGGAGACAUCCCUGAAAUAUAAUACACCCACCAGCACUGUUCCCCUAUCUGUUCUCAUUCUAAGCCUCCUUCUGGUGUUCAUAAUGUCAGUCUUUGUAGCCGCAGGGCUCUUUGUGCUUGUGAUGAAAAGACGCAAAAAGUCUCAAAACAACCGAAAUGGCACCAAUAACUCUGAUUUGAGUUCUUUCAACCUGCAAUACAGUCUUUACAGUAAUAGAUCAGCUCCAAAAGUUAAAACUGCCGCUGGACACGUAUAUGAAUACAUCCCACAUCCGCUGGGUCACAUGUGCAAAAAUCCCAUUUACAGAUCCAGAGAAGGCAAUGCAGUUGAGGAUUACAGAGAUCUACAUGAGUUGAAAGUGACAUACAGAAGUAAUGUGGAUGAAGAAAGAGACAAUGAUAUGAGAAGUCCUUCUUACAGUGUAAGUACCAUAGAGCCACGUGAAGAUCCCUCUCCUGUCCAAGAUGCUGAACAUUUUUACAGGGGUGUCCUCGAACCCACCAAGCAGUCACCUUCUGGAAAUAAUUAUGAGUAUAAGUACACUGCCCCUCCUGCAUAUACUUAUACACCAAGCUAUGAUGUCAGGCGUCAGUAUUUGCACCCUGACAGGAUACGAGAGACAGUGCUCUAUGGUACAGCACCAAGUACUGUUUAUGUCGAGCCCAGCAGAAAUGAAUACUUGGAACUAAAAGCUAAACUUCAAGUUGAGCCGGACUACCUCGAAGUUCUUGAGAAACAGACAACAUUUAGCCAAUUUUGAAUCCCACAUUUGUCUAUAUAUAAAGCAUUUUUCAUUAAAGUAUGGUUUCAAGCUGAAGGGUGCCUUGGCACAGAAUAACUUUUAUCUUUAAAGACCAGUAAAUGGGGUGUGCUAUGUUCUUAUUUUCAAAACAUCACAGGAAGUCAAUGCCUUCUGAAGAAAACAGGACGGAUGUUAGGGUUGUGAUUCAUAACCAUUGAUGCAAAUAUAUUUUUUUAUGUUUCAUAUUAAAUACACAUUAAUAUACAUGUACAUGUAACU